AUGGCAUUGGUAAAUGGUUCAUAUGUUGUUCAGGGAGAGGCAAAUGCUGUACUAGCUCUUUUACGUAAAUUCAGAAGAUCACAAACAAGACAACAACUUCCUUUAUUGGAUGAACACAAUCCUUUAUUGAGGAAUUUUGCUGAUUUAAGAGAUGUUUUGAAUAAGGUUAACGACCUCAGUGAAAUCCAAUUUGACACAUUUAUCAGCCCAUUCCUUGAAGUUAUAAAAUCAGAUGCUACAGACGGGCCUAUAACUGCUAGAGCACUUUCUGCAAUUGAAAAAUUUAUUUCUUAUGGUUUAUUGUCUUUCAGCAAUAUAAGAAUAGCUGGUGCUGUUCAGUCAAUUUCUGAUGCUGUGACUAAAGCUAAAUUUAUUGGUACUUCAAAGGCUGGAAUUGAUGAAUGUGUUCUUUUUCAGAUUUUACAGACUCUCCGUUCCUUGGUUUUAUCUCCUGGUGGUCGACAUUUAAGCAAUGCAACAGUUUGCGAAAUUCUUCAAUGCUGUUUUCGUAUUGGCCUUGAGCAGUUAUUGCCGGAACUUUUACGUGUUGCUGCAGAAAGUGCUUUGGCAGAUAUGUGUAGACAUUUAUUUGCUGCAAUGCCAACAUUUGAACAAGAUAUAAGAAUGGGAUUAAAAGAACUUAUGAGAUUUUUAAUUGCUCUUUGUAAUCCACAUGAUCGCACAAAUCUUCCUCAAAUGAUCCUUAUGGGACUUCACCUUUUAACUGUCGCAUUCGAAACUGGAAAUGAAUUUUUAAGAGAAAACGAUCUAAUUCUUCCGUUAUUAGAAGAUGAAUUGUCACAUACCCUUUUACAAUUAUUGGGAACACAAAAAUUAAAAAUAUUUGCUGCUACUAAUAGAGUGUGUUUUUUGUUAUUUGAAACUCUUAGACCACAUUUAAAACCAUUUUGUGCUUUUGCUUCUGCAAUUCGUCAAGAUUUCAAGAGGUAUAGUAUAUCGGGUUUACAUCGGCCACAGCUUCAUAAGAUACGUUAUAAAAUUUCUAAUUUUUGUAGAUUCCAAAUGGAAGCUUAUUUUAUUAAAUUGUCACAAAUAAUUUCUUCAAAUGCCCACCCUACUCAAUUACAACAGCAAAAAAUAAUUGAACAACAAAAUGGAGGUGGAAGAACAACAAAUAAUAACAAUAUUACUAGCAGUUAUGAACUUAGAGAAUUGGCACUAGAAGCGCUUGUUGAUAUGUGGAGAUUGCCUAAUUUAGUUUCUGAGCUUUACCUCAAUUAUGAUUGUUCACUUUAUUGCUCGAAUUUAUUCGAAGAUUUGGUCCGAAAUUUAUUGGAGAAUGCUUUCCCUAGUGGACCACUCCUUUCAACACACAUCCUCUCUGUUGACACUGUCCUCACUGUUGUUGACUUUAUUGAACGCAAUUGUACUGCACGGCAACAGCAACAAAGAAGCAUUGCAUUGGCGAGAAGUUUAGAUGGAUUAAGUACUGAUGAAUUUUCGGGAAAGAUUGGGAAUGAAUCAAAAGGAGAUUUUAAUGAGACUGCCGCCUCAGCAAUUUCAUGUCACAUAUCCAAUCAACCCGAAUCAACUAAUCAAGUAUCUCCACCAACACUGGCAGAAUUAAUCAGUGUGAAAAAACAAAAACGUCUAAUGACUGAAGGCACUGAUUUAUUCAACAGACAUUCCCCACAAAAAGGAGUUGAAUUUCUUUGUGAUAAGGGAUUGCUGAAAAAUCCAAUGGAUCCAAAGGAUGUUGUUAAUUGGCUGCGUCAAAAUCCAAAAUUAGAAAAAUGUAAGAUUGCCGAGUAUAUUUGUCAUAGAAAGAGACCAGAAGUUCUUCGUGCCUUUGUUGAAUCAUUUGAAUUUCAUGGCCUUAGAUUAGAUUUGGCAUUGAGACAAUUUCUUGAAACUUUCCGUCUGCCUGGUGAUGCUGCAGAAAUUGAUAAAAUUAUCAAUCAUUUUUCUGAGCACUGGCAUAAUUCAAAUAACCAACCAUUUGAACAUGUUGAUGCCGCAUAUACACUUGCCUAUGCAAUAUCAAUGUUGAACACAGACCAACAUAACCCUCAAGUACGACGAAAUCAAACAUUAAUGAGUGUGGAAGAUUUCAAACGCAAUUUGUCUGGAACUAACCACGGAAAGGACUUCGACCAAGAAAUGCUGGAACAAAUCUACAAUGCUAUAAAAAGUGAAGAAAUUGUAAUGCCUGCUGAACAAGUUGGUCAAGUACGCGAGAAUUAUCUUUGGCGUGUUUUGAUGCGACGCAGUCAUACUUCUGAAGGUCAUUAUUGGCAAAUGUCAAGUGUACAAAGUUGGAAUGAUCGAGAUUUAUUCUGCGUUUUAUGGGGGCCUUUAACUGCUUCUUUGCAUUACGUUAUGAACAAAACUGCAGAUGAUACAAUUCUUACGAAAUGUAUGGGUGGUUAUAGAAAAUGUGCCUCAAUAGCUGCCCAUUUUGGAAUGACUGAUGUAUUUGAUACACUAAUAAUUCAUUUAUGUAAAACUGCUAUAUCUGUUUGA